UAAUAAUAACGAUAUUCUCAACGAACCAACACCUGAUAAUCAUAACAAUGUUCCAGAUGACUCAACGUUAGCAUCUGAUAAUUAUAUGAUAAAUAAUAACGAAUCAACGUUAGCAUCUGAUAAUUAUACGAUAAAUAAUAACAAUAUUCCAGAUGAAUCAACGUUAGCAUCUGAUGAUUAUAUGAUAAAUAAUAACAAUGAAUCAACAUUACCAGUUGAUAAUUAUAACAGAAGGUAUGAUCUCCGAAUUAGGAGACAAAUGGAUUACAAUAUUGGUCCACCAUAUAAAAAACGCCGCCGCCGACUUGGCCAUGAGGCCACUUAUAAACAAGAAGGAGCUCAAUGUAAUUAUUGUUCACAUAAAUUGCUUGCUGCUUCAAGCCAUUGUGAACAACACCUUAAAAAAUGUACCAAAGUUUCACGUCAUGUACUUAAUGAACAUUUUCAACAAAAUCAAACUAUAAUUAUGAAUAAUUUGCAGUCACCACAAUCUGAGAUUUCUACUUCCUCUUCCUCUUCAUCUUUAUCUUAA